AAUCUAGAACUAGUUCACCUGUCAGCCCGCCGCUUAAUAUCCUAAUGACGUUAGUUAGACGAGCUAAAACUUUUCUUCGUUUUGUUUUUAGUGCCAUACCUUUUAUCGACUGUUCAACGCUGAACGGCACUAGUAACCCACGCCGUAAAAAAUGAUUAUGGAACCUUUAGCGAAACGGUAUCUAUUUUCAUGGCUGUUUGUGGCUUUAAGUCUCCAGGUGUCAAGUUUACAUUUUGCAGUAGCGACUUACUACACAGCCUACCUGAACGUGUCAUUUAUUGAUCCUGCAAACAACGAAACCAUAUCGCGACAAGGGGAAAGCGGACCAACGCUAUAUGGACAAGAUUCUCCUAAAGUUACGGUGAUGGGGGACGUUUAUUUACCUGAUCCGAUUUACAGUUGCGAAAGUGAUACUUUUUAUGAUGUGCCUAGUGGGUCAAAGGGGUGGAUCGCCAUAAUUCAACGCGGCUACGAAUGUACUUUUUCACAGAAGAUCAAUGUUGCAGCCAGUAAAGGAGCUGUUGCUGCUGUAAUUUUCAAUGGUCUUGGUACAAACAAUACAGUCAUCCAAAUGUCGCACCCAGGAACAGGAGAUAUGGUUGCCAUCAUGAUUAGUCACAGACGGGGCAUGGAAAUUGUUGGGCUGAUCAGGCAAGGGAUUCCAGUCUCGAUGACCAUUGAGGUGGUCAAGCAGCAUGGUGUCUGGAUGAGCCACUAUUCGGUCUUCUUCGUCUCCAUCUCCUUCUUCAUGAUAACAGCAGUAACUGUUUGCUACUUCAUCUUCUACUCGGCCCGCCGCCUCAACGUCGUUCGUCUACAAAACCUUCAACAGAAACAGCUGAAGGCAGAGGCAAAGAAAGCCAUUGGUCAGCUGCAAGUCCGGACCGUGAAACGGGGAGAUAAGGAGACUGGGCCUGACGCUGACACCUGUGCAGUAUGCAUUGACGCUUACAAGUCUGGCGACGUGCUGACCAUUCUCACCUGCAAUCAUUUCUUCCACAAGACCUGCAUUGAGCCCUGGCUAAUGGAGCACAGGACCUGCCCCAUGUGUAAAUGUGACAUACUCAAGGCCUUGGGAGUAGAGCAGCCGGAAGAGGACCAGCCCAGUCAUCAGUUGACCAUGCAUCCAGACAUGACGUCCUACCCCAGGGUUCUAGUCCCAGAGGACACCCGCAGUGAGACAACCUCCGCAGGCUAUGCUUCUGUACAAUGCACAGAGGAGCACAGCAGCCCAGCAGAUGAGACCCACGUGUAUGAGACAUUGGGGCAACAUCCUGGCCCAGGAUCAAUCCAGGUGGACAUCUUCCAGCCCCAUUAUGACAACCUCGCCUUUGAGGGCAACUCACGAAACCAACGGGAACCCCUGACAUGAAUGGGAUGCUCACUCUAAGCACUAGACCUUGGCUAAUGGGACUUGGGCCACAAUCAAUUACAUUCGAAGAUGUUUCCUGUGGUCAUGAAGCAAGUGGAAACCAGGAAUGUGGGUCUGAUAUUAUUCAUAGGGAAAGAGGGCUUGACCGAUAUAUGCAUAUCAAUUUACAUGAAAUUGAUGAGGCAAUCCUUCGAUGCACUUGUCUGAGUUUGGAAAUGGUACUAUCCAGUUUCAUUCUGAUUUAAUUGUACUUUUUAUAAUAUGAUUUGAUUAUGUUUUUUGAGGCUUAAUUACAUCAGUCAAUGUAUUACUUCAUCAGUUAAUGAUUUUAAAUGGUUUCAAUUUGCUAAUUUAACACCCACAACUUUUUAACAUACUCAAUAUGCCCACACCACAACAGAAUAGUGUGGGUGUAUUGAGUGAUGGCGAAUUAGAAGUUUUCUUGUUGUAAUUAACUCGUAUCAUUCUUAGAUUACUCAUUAUAUUAAUAGUCAGAUUUAAUCAACAAAUCUGUCAUUUCAAAAAAAGAGUGUCAAAAUCAUUACAUAUCCCAUCGAGCUGCCCGUUGUCACAGUUCCAAGACCAGUCAGAAACGUCCAGCUAAUCCUACGCCGGUGAAUCUCAAAAUUGAACUUGGAUCUGCGUUAAGUAUCAAAUGUAUUUAUAUAGCCCUUCUUACAUCAGCUGAUAUCUCAAAGUGCUGUACAGAAACCCAGCCUAUAACCCCAAACAGCAAGCAAUGCAGGUG